UCAGCAUUUCUGGGACCAAAUUUAUGGGAUAAAACCUACAAUGACCCGGAUUUUAACUUGGAGUAUAUGGACUUAGAUGAAUUCCUUCAAGAGAAUGGUAUACCACAUGUAGAUGGAGAUUUGUCAGAGCUGUCCAAUGGCGAAACAAGCAUGCAGUGUCAAUCUCCACCACAAAUUGCUUCACCACGACGACUUCCUUCUCCACCACAAAUUGCUUCUCCAUGUUCCCUUUCUCCAAGAUCAACUUCAAGAUUAAGUCCCUCUCCACCUGUUAGCCCUAUUGUACCCGAGGUCCCGUUUAAUGUGAAUCCACAAGACUUACAGCUUGUUACUAUCCCAGGUCAAACAGGUUUUGAUCCCAGAAAACGUGCAUUUUCUGAAGAAGAAUUGAAACCACAACCUAUUAUUAAAAAAUCAAAAAAGGUAUUUGUCAAUGAAGAGAAGAAAGAUGACAAAUAUUGGGCAAGGCGAAAUAAAAAUAACACUGCAGCCAAACGGUCACGUGAUGCCAGGAGAACUAAGGAAAAUCAAAUUGCGAUGAGAGCAGCUUUCCUGGAGAAAGAAAAUGAAGUGAUGAAAGCAGAGGUG